CGGCGGUAGUCCCUAAGGGGAGGGGCGUGCUGGGGCGUUGGUGACGCGUUUGACCUGCGCCCUGCCUGGCGGCGGACAGAGCGGAGAGGCGGUGGGAUUGAAAUGCCGGAGGCGGGAGGAGCUUGCUGAAAUGACACCACCAUUUGGCCAUAUCCGAGGCACGGAGAUGACUGCCCAUCACUUUCCUCAGCACAGUUACCUCUUGGAUAGCUUAAAGGCUGACUGUCUGAACAAGCCUUUCACCCAGAGGUGCCAUGAUCUGGUGACUGUCAUUGAAGAUUUUCCUGCCAAGGAACUUCAUGCCAUCUUUCCCUGGCUGGUGGAGAGCAUCUUUGGCAGCUUAGAUGGCAUUAUUUUAGGUUGGAACCUCCGUUGUUUACAAGGAAGGGCAAACCCGACUGAGUACAACAUUGCCUUGGACUUUCUUGAUGCUGGAGGCCCAAUGAUGAAGUUGGUUUACAAGCUCCAAGCUGAAGAGUACAGAUACGAUUUCUCUGUCUCCUACCUUCCUGGCCCAGUGAAAGCCUCAAUACAAGAGCGGAUUUUACCAGAAUGUUCUUUGUACCACAACAAAGUCCAGUUUCCUCCAUCUGGAGGCCUGAGCUUGAACUUGGCCCUUAAUCCCUUUGAAUAUUACAUGUUCUACUUUGCAUUAAGCCUGAUUACACCAAAGAACAUCUCCACGGCCUAUCAUAUCAGCAUGUCCAACAGUGCUUACUUUGUCCUAGUGGAUCGGUACUUGAAGUGGUUCCUGCCCACAGAAGGGAUUGUUCUUCCACCCCCCUCCUCUUCCGAUGCAGGAGGGGCUGUCCCAUCACCUGCUCCCCGAUCUCCUGCAAUGUCGUUCAGCUCCUACGGGAUGCAUCCAACAAGCCUUCUAAAAAGACAUGUUGCUCACCAGACUUCGGUGAAUGCAGACCCUGCUUCCCAGGAGAUCUGGAGAUCGGAAACCAUGCUUCAGGUUUUUGUUGAAAUGUGGCUCCAUCAUUACUCCCUGGACAUGUACCAGAAAAUGCAGUCCCCUCACAUCAAGCUGGAGGUUCUCCAGUACCGGCUCAGUAUCUCCAGUGCCCACCGCAGUAAUCCUGCCCAAUCCAGCUUCCAGGCCCUCCACACAUACCAAGAGUCGUUUAAGCCGACGGAGGAGCACGUCUUGGUCAUCCGGCUACUCGUGAAGCACCUCCAUGCUUUCAGCAACAGCCUGAAGCCGGAUCCUGUUUCUCCUUCUGGGCAUUCCCACACUGCCAGCCCACUGGAGGAAUUCAAGAGGAUUGUGAUUCCCCGGUUUGUUCAGCAAAAACUCUACAUAUUUCUGCAGCACUGCUUUGGUCACUGGCCCUUGGAUGCUUCAUUCAGAGCUGUACUGGAGAUGUGGCUGAGCUACUUGCAGCCUUGGAGAUAUGCGCCUGAGAAGCCCCUUCCGAGUGCCGAGUUGUCCCUGCCUCGCAGUGUGCCAGAGAAAUGGGCCUCUUUUGUUCAGGAGAACUUGUUGAUGUACACCAAGCUCUUUGUCAGCUUCCUGAACCGAGCUCUCCGCACCGACUUGGUCAGCCCCAAGAAUGCCCUGAUGGUCUUCAGGGUGGCCAAAGUUUUCGCUCAGCCCAACCUUGCAGAAAUGAUCCAGAAAGGAGAGCAGCUCUUUCUGGAAACAGACCUUGCCCUUCCUCACCGCCAGCACCGCCUCUUCAUUAGCCCUUCGUCUCUCGGAGGGAGCUUCCUGUCAUCCCGAGCUCCGACCAUCACAGAUGCUUCGUUUAAGGUGAAGAGCCAUGUCUACGGGCUUGAAGGACAGGACUUCCAGUACAAGCAGAUGUUUGGGCCGGAAGUCAGGAGCCUGGUGCUACGAUUGUCCCAGCUCAUCGGCCAGGCCCAGCAGACAGCCAAAUCCAUAUCGGACCACUCUGUGGAGGCCACAACUAGCCAUUCCUUUCUUUCCUGGUUCCGCUUUAGUUCAGCUGACUUGAAUGGCUCCUACACAGGCAAUGACUUGGACGAAAUGGGGCAAGACAGCAUUAAAAAGACAGAUGAAUACUUGGAGAAGGCCCUGGAAUACUUUUGUCAGAUAUUUCGGUUGAAUGAAGCCCAGCUGAGCCAGCUGAUGUUGAACUGGGGGGCAGCUCAGGAUAAGAAUGGGAAGAAGCAGCUUCCAGACUGCAUUGAGAGUGAAGACGGGCUGAUUCUCACACCUCUUGGCAGGUACCAGAUCAUCAAUGGCCUACGCAGGUUUGAGGUGGAGUACCAGGGAGAUCCUGAGCUUCAGCCCAUCCGAAGUUAUGAAAGCACCACUCUUGUGAGGCUGCUGUUUCGGCUGUCCUCAGCCAUUAAUGAACGAUUUGCAGACCAAAUGGAGAGACUCUGUGCCAAAGAGAACUUCCUUGGCAGCUUCUGCCGCUACCAUCUCACCAACCCCUCCCUCGUGGAAAAGGCCAGGCACAGUCCACUAAGCCAGCAGAGGCUGGGGCAGAUUCAACAGCCAAGAGUCAGCCUUCGGUUUCUGGCAAGCUACAGGACUCUCCUUUCUUUACUCAUGGUAUACUUCAUUGCCUCGUGGUUCUGCAUCAGUCCAGUGACCUGUACCUUCCUCCUCCUCCUGGGAUAUCUUUUCUAUGCCACAGUUAUGACUCUCCUGACUGAAAGGAGAAAGCCUCAUCAACACUAACAUUUUACUUUCAUUCAUUUAUUCACAUUGCUAUAGGAAUCCCCUCCCCUAAGGUCAGGGGCUCAGAAAGUAGGUUUUGGCUAAUUAAGCCACAGGACUUUGAUUUGAGCAUCUUUUCUUGGGUUUGAAAACUUUAAAUAUUUUUAAUGAAGUGGAACAGAUUUGUGAACAGAAGGCUCUACUUUUCUAAAAGCCAAGUCAAUCUGUAAAUUUUGUUUUGAUAAACUUUUUAAAAAACAAACAAACCGCAGGCUCUGUAGUGAAGAUUUUGGUGGGGGGGUGGGGGUGGUACAGCAGUGGGAUUGGGAGAAUGAAUCUGAAACAAGCAGCUUGGCUUAGAAAAAAGUCAAGUGAAUGGCAGCUUUUGAGCAUCUCACACAAACAUGCUGGCACACUUUUUUUACUCCCCAUCAUUGUAAUAGGGCUUAGUCAGAGCAUGUACACAAUGGGGCUGUGCCCUUUCACUUGAAAGCAUGUGGUCAGUGAGGUAGAUAACCAUGUGUCUACCCAUUGCUUGGAUUUUCAUAAGUUACUUAAGAACAAUCUGGUCAACAAUCUCCCUGUUAUUUUGGGGCCUAUUCACAAGCCCAAAUAAUAUUACGGAAAUCUUGUGCCUUGAAAGUGGAUCUCUGUAGUGAUGCAAAUGCUUUGUCAAACAUCUGGUUCCAGUUCAACCCAAACUUUACUAUCAACAAUUCUGCAAAGUGGUGAAGCAGCAACAAGUCAUGGAAAGCAGGGGGAUUUCUCGAACUCAUGCCAUGUAAAAUUUAAGGUGCUGGUAUUUAGAAUUCCUAGGAAGCAGAGAGCUUUGAGAGAAUCUAUGCAAGUGGAGGAACUGGUGAGUGAUCCGAAUGUAAGAAGAGCCUGUCAACUAAAUCCGACCAAGGCAUUUAGUCCAGCAUUGUGUUCCCACGGUGACCAACCAGAAGCCUCUGAACAGAACAGCCUUGUAAUCCCCACCAGCUGGUCUGCAGAGCGGUAGCCUACCUGAGACCAAAUGGAGAGACUCUGUGCCAAACUGGAAGCAGUACAUAGCCACCAUCCCUAGGAGCUGUUAUCCUUCCUGAAUUUGUGUAAUCUGUUUUUAAAGUUGUUGCAAUGUGCUGCCAGUGCUA